UAUAAUUUUCCUCAUCUUAAAAACGUUUGUCAUAUCCGGAUUGUGAAGUAUAAAGUGGGAGACAACUAGAUACAGUCUCACGCUUCGGCAAUAAAGGCAUGGAAGAUCUGCAACAAAUCUGUAGCACUGGCGAUGCUUCAAGCCGUAAUGCAGGACAAAAGGUGAAUGGAAGGAUAAUAGGAUUGGUGACAGCCGUUGUCUUGGUUGUUGUACUUGUUCUUGCUAUUUCUAUUCCGCUAACCCUGAGAAAGAACCAGGCAUCUAACAACCCCACAUCAUGUCCUGCUGGGUACUCAGGUCAAUUUUGCGAUGUGCCGGUUUGUAUGAGCAUGUGCCAUCAUGGAGAUUGCGUGCUCCCAAACACCUGCAACUGCAAUUCUGGUUGGACAGGCCGUGCGUGCGACCAGGCAAUGUGCGAAAUGUCCUGCAGUCCGCAUGGAAACUGCACAGCUCCUGAUACAUGUAGAUGUGAGAAUGGUUGGCAAGGAAUGACAUGCGAGAUGCCCUUCGCACCCGGAUUUAAUCCCACCAUGAGAUAUAUCUACAAUAUAUCUAUAUCCCAUACAAUGGAAAGUGAUACCAUGAUGAAUACUGAUUCCUACACUAAUGGCGUAGAUGUUCAACAAUUCCUUUCCAAUGUAAACAUAACAUUUUCCGUUUCUGCUGUCCAAAGAAAGACAAAUCACUCGAUUGGGAUGCUUCGGAUUUUGAAUGCAGUUUGUCACUCCGACUUUGGAAAACAAAUAACAGAUUUAAAAAAUGCUACCUGCGACCAAGACUUAAAGAAUUUAUUACGCAUUGAAAUUAUGUUUUCUCAAGAUAUGACGACUGGAAAAAUUAUGAAUAUUUACUACAAUUCUUCUACCGAAGCCCAGGCAAACUUUAUAGCACGUUUACUUCGCUUUAUUGACUGUAAAACAGCGCCAUCAAACGAGGACAGGAUCGAAGAGACAUCAACUAAUGACGGAGAACAAACUUAUUUGCUUCGCCAUCGACUAAAACCUGAAAAUGGCAUGGAUUGCUUUAAUUUUAAAAGAGAAGUAAAAAAUGAAGAGAAUAUGAUUACCGAUCGCGAGGAGAAGAAAAUAUGUAUGGGAGAGACUGGGGCUCCUCAAAUUAUCACCAUGUCAGAGUUUUUUGAGAUCGGUAAAAAUAUGAAUGUUAACGACUCUAUAAACGGAGAUGAAUCGAAUUUAUCGCCUUUGCCCUCUUUUAAAGGGCGGGUCUUUGCAACUGGAUCUCUUGUCUCCAUGAAGAAAAUGACUGAAGCUGAAUUAGAAGAUGAACUAGAAAAUGUACAGAUGGCCUUAGCAUUUAAAAAUAUCCAGUCUUCUCCCAUCGACGAGUUCGCGUUCAGGAGGAUUUCCACGGAGGAGGAAUACAAACACAGCAAUGCUCCUCAUGAUAUUGGUCACCUUCUUCGUCACCCAUUCCGAAAUCUUCGUCUAUCACUUGGUCUUGAUUUGGUAAGGAAAAGCCAAUCUACCAUUUCCAUCAUUGGAAAGAUGAUUUUCUCUCAAAGUGUCGCAGACAGAGAUUCUAGGUCACUUCUCAUAGCGAUUCUUGGGUCAUCGCAAACCUUAUCGGGACAGAAAAUCCUGAUGCAACUUUUAGAUGCCGAGGAGAAAGUGAAUGGUGACCAUUACCUUGCCUUGGGUUCCGUGGCUCAAAUGUUAAAGCCCUCCGAAGAUAUGGUUUCGCUAUUGCGUAAACUUUUAAGUAACACCCUGGAUGAGGAUGUUAAAACUAGGGCUGUUUUAGUUCUUGGAGUACUGGGAAGUAGGGGAUUGGAUCAUAAAGUUGUUCCUAUCUUGACUGAAACAUUGUUCAAGAAUAAUGUCCCUCACGAUGAAAUUUGUUUAUUGAUUUCAGCUUUAGGGAAUACUCACUCAGAAAAAGCUUUAAAGCCUUUGUCAAAAGUUUUAGAGAACAUGGAGACAUUUUAUAAAAUUCUUUGUUUAAGAGCUCUGAAAAAUAUUCCUGGUCAAAAAAGUUACAAGCUUGUUUUACACGCCCUUUUGAAUACAAGAAAUAAGACGGUAGCUCUUCAAUGUUUAAAGACGCUUAAAUAUAAAGGAAAUUGGAUCAACAAGAAUGACUCAAAUUCCAUUCUACAGCUAGCUCACAACACGAAAGAUGUAGGAAUAAUUUUUGCUAUUAAACACAUGUUUCAUCAGCUACAUGAACAUGCUAUUUGUACAGAGAAACAAAAGGAGGAUUUUCACUCCAAAUCAUUGAUAAUAAACGAAAUUAUUGUCAAACUUCAGAACCUGGAAGUACAACUUUUUGAGUUAAAACGAGAGUCUCAGAAUUUUGGUGUGUACUUUAAUAUGUCGGUGGAUUCUCAAAUACGUGGUUCUGAGUAUGAUUUCAAUGCCAAUUCAAACCUUGGCAUAAAGGUGUUUGGUAAACGUAUAAAUGUUUUGGAGGCAGGAUCUGCUAACUCGCUGCUUGACUCUGGUAUGUUUAUGUCUUCAGUUUUUAUGACUUUGAAUUUAUUUGGACGAGAGUACGACUUAUUCAUGAAAUCUUGGAGAUUUGAGCUAAAUUUGGGUAUCGUAGAAGGAGAUCCAUGCAAGGCGAAUAAUGGUGUUAUCAGGCACACCCUGUCUGAGCACUUUCAAUUUGGAAACUUUACUUUUACGUAUGGUAUAUUUGGAAUAGCCACAGUCAAUUUAAAGGUGGGAAUCAGUGCUCCUGUUUCUUUUGGAUAUGGAUUCAGUAUUGUUGGAAAUGAUGGUGACAUGGUACCACAGCAAGUGAAUGUUGUUGCAAAGCCUGAAGCAAACCUGACCACAAGUGUUGCUGCCUCUGUCGGUGGCACUUUAGCGCGAGUUGGGGUAAGAGGAGACAUUGCUGUUCUGACUGGAAGUGUGCAAACUAACGUUGCUUUGAAUUUACAAAAUCGAAACUUCUGUCAUUUUGUAGAUGUCAAUGGGCACGUAUUACAAGGUUCUCUGUACAUUUUCGGGCAAGUAGGUUUCUCUUUUUUUAAAAGAAAAUUUGAAAGGAAACUUUUUGAUUGGACUGGAGUUAAUAUAUCAAGAACUGUAACGGAAUCCUUCUGUUGCUCAAAGGUUUUUCAUUCUACCAAAGAAACACCCAUUCGGAGAUGUAGCAUGCUGUACCCUGUUCUUUCAAAUACUAGUGGAGUAUCUUGCAACAGAAAAAUGUCUGAGAGUUUAUCAGUGCUCACUUCAGUAAGAACGUGUUUAAAUUCAGUAAACAGUAGUGGUUGCCCGACAGGCCUGACACAAGCUUUAACAAAUGAAGGCAUUCAUAUUUUUGGCCUUAAGUCUUUAAACCAAUUAAAGAAAAGUUACGUUUUAACCACUAAACAUAUAAUGCCAAUAUUAAUUACUAAUACUGGUGAUUAUUACGGUUUAGAUAGAUCAGGUAAUGUUGUCCAAGUAAAUGAGUAUGACAAUGUUACAAAGGUUAAGUUGUCUCUCAUAAACCUGUUAGCUAGUUUGGUUUACAGUCCAGAAAUAAAACAAGUUUAUGGAAGUUUGAUAAAGAAACAAAGUCUAUCACAACAGCCACCAACAUUGUCUGUAGUAAAAUCCACUUCUAAAGUACUCGAUCUCAGACCCUAUUGUUACAAAAUGAUGGCGAUUUGUGAGAACAUAAAAAUGGGGAAAAUGUAUCAUGGUGACAGGAUGACAUUUACAGAAAAUAAAGAAAUCAAAUCAUUCAACGACAAGGAGGCAUGCUCUGCGUACAUCAAGUCUAACGGAAUCAGAUAUCCGUUCUAUUGUGAAGCCUACCCGUUCUCGUUUACAUUACAGGGAGGUAAAGGGGCCACUGUAAUGUCCGUCAACGUAAUGGAAAGGGAUGUCAAAAUGGAGGCAUUCCAUGCUUUUAUUAGAAGUUCCGGGCUGAAAGGGGGUGAUUCUUUUGUUGUUAUUGUAUAAUAUU